CAGGUUCCGGUUUGAGGAGCCAUUCUGAGCAGCAGCGCAGGAUCCCCAAGACCUGGGCCCUCUGUUUCUAAGGCAACAUCCUGUGGAAUCUGGCUGCCUGCCUCUCCCCUCCCACCGCCCGCCCGCCUGCAGGGGAGCCAGGGGCGGAGACAGAGCCUAGGCAGCGAUCUCAUUAGAAAAACCAGAGCGCCUUGCGCUAGAGACACAGUGCCCGCCUGGCCCCCCGCCUCGCCUCACCUGGACCUGCCUGGACCCCUGCCUGCCCUCGGCCAUGGCUGUGCAUCCGCUGUCCUGGCUGCUCCGCUUGGCUGUCCUCUGCCAUCUAGCCCUGCUGCUGGCCGGACAGCAACACAGUAUGGAAAGAUGCAGCGUCAUAUGCAACCCAAUGGCAAUGACCCGGAAGAUCCCCCUGGAUCGCCUAAAGAGCUAUCGACGAACGGAACCAUCUUGCCGCACACCUGCCAUCAUCUUUAUGACCAAAGGGAACAGGACGUUCUGUGCGGACCCCAAGGAGGACUGGGUGCAGAAAGCCAUGCAGCAUCUGGACCGCAAGGAGGACCGGGUGGGGAAAGCCAUGGAGCCUCUGGACCCCAAGGCCGCUCGCUUGCACGGCAAGCAGACCGACCCCAGGACCUCCCCGGCCACCAGGGGGACGGACCAGUCUCCGGCCUCAGAGCCCACGGCCACCGCCACCACCACCACCACCACCACCACCAUCACCACCACCACUGCCACGUCCUGGCAGAGCUCUUACCAGCCUACAGUGGACCUCGGGACUGAGGGGAAGGCCUUUGAAACUGCCUCCACCCAGACCCCCUCCACCCAGACCCCCUCCACCCAGGCCCUCCCUACCCAGACCCUCCCCACUGGUACCCCCUCCACCCAGGCCCCCUCCACCCAGACCCCCUCCACCCAGGCCCUCCCUACCCAGACCCUCCCCACUGUUAUCCCCUCCACCCAGGCCUUGCCCACUCAGGCCGCCUCCACCCAGGCCCCCUCCACUGAUACCCCCUCCACCCAGACCCCCUCCACCCAGGCCCCCUCCACCCAGACCCUCCCCAUGGAUACCCCCUCCACCCAGGCCCCCUCCACCCAGGCCGGCUCCACCCAGACCCCCCCCACCGAUACCCCUUCCUCCCAGGCCCCCUCCUCCCAGGCCCCCACCAUUUCACACACAGCCCCAGACCACGGGCAGGACCUCACGCCGGAGAACCCUCUAGGGUCCAGUUCAGCUCACACGGAUGCUGUCACCGGGCCCGGCAGCACGCCCCGCGUCUCCGUGGCCCCCAGCAGGGAGCCAGUGGCCACAGGCAGCUGGGCCCCCACGCCCAGGAACCCCCAGAGGCUGGGCAUCCUCAGCACCCCCGUCACCGAGGCCACCCGGAGGCAGGCGGUGGGGCUGCUGGCCUUCCUCGGCCUCCUCUUCUGCCUGGGGGUGGGCAUGUUCACCUAUCAGAGGCUCCAGGGCUGUCCGCGCAGCGCCGUGGGGGACAUGGUGGAGGGCCUUCGCUACGUCCCCCGGGGCUGCGGCAGCAACUCGUACGUCCUGGUGCCAGUGUGAGCGGCCCACCUGCCUGUGUCCAGAUGUUCCACUCAAACAGCUGCCGGGGGCCCCCCAUCCUCACUCCUCCCCUCCCCCAAGGGCCUGGCCCGAGCCGGGAUGACGGAAGCAGGGAGGCAGGAUCCCCCAGGGGGGACUGUCCCCAAUUCCUGGCAGACACAGGGGGCCCCUUGGCCAUCUGUGACCUGCUGGAGGCAGAGGGGGUGGCCUCCGAAACUCACCCCAAUGCCCCCCGAGUCGGAGAACUCUUUUGCUGCUGGCUGCUUAAAGGUUCCCUUUGACACCGUCCCAGCCCCAACAAACCAUUAUUUAUUGAUGUCUCAGCCCCUCCGGCCCGUGUCCCCAUGUAGGUACCACGGUCGUCCCUCCCACAAAUGCGUCUCGGCCAGGCCCUUCUGCACACUCCCUCCGACCUCAUCUCGUCUUGUGGUCCCGCUGCCGUCGCCAGUCACCCCGGCCGCCUGCGGUGCUAGCCCCCCACCCCCUGUACAGAGCCCACGCCCUAGCCGGGACCUGUCUUUUCCUGCAUGAGGCGGGCGUGGUGUCUGCUGGCACUGCUCUCAGCGAAGGCUCAGCCAAGUUAGGCUCCAUGGGAACCAGAGACGAAGUCGCCUGGCUGUUUAGACUGCUUCCCUCCUCCGUCUGUGCUGAGCAGGGAGGGGACAUGGAUUCUAACGUGAGGCCCUGGGUUCUAGGCCCAGGCCCACCACCAACCUGACGAGGCAUCCGCGCCUCUGGCUUCCCCUCUGUGAACGGACACAAGGACUGCAAAUAUGUGGCAAUGACCUGUACCCCGACCGGCAUCCCUACGUGGCCAGAGGCCCCUGUCCCCAGAUCCUGGGUACAGCUUCACCGUCCGCCAUCAACAGAGCACCUUAGCCAGUCUCCACCAGCCAGAGAGGCAGGCACUGCCCUGUGACCCAGAGGGCCCGGCAGCCCAGCCCUGCCCUGUUGGAGGGAGUCGGCACUGUGGGCCCCAGAGUGGGGGCUGGGCUGCGGUACUUGGGGGUGGGGGGUGGGGGGCAGAGACCAAUUUUAAAGGUCCCUUCCUGACUUGGAGAACAGCCCCUUUCUGUGUCCACCAGGAGUACAGGAACACUGAGAUGGCCCUGGUGACAUGUGACAGGCUGAAGGAGGAGGGGAGCGUGCAGGCUCUGGGGAAGGCUGAGGCACUGCCUGGGGGGGCGGGGGGGGGGGGCGGGGCGGGCAGGGCAGGGUCCAGGAAGAAACUGCAGGGAGCAGUCACACUCCCUGUUAGGGACUCGGUCCAGCUUUUGGUCUUUCUACCUGCAGCCCGGGCUCCCCAGCCACCUCUCUGGCUCCCUGUCCGCACGCUAUCUCCUCCCCUCACCUUUGCCCGACGGCAGGCAGGGCCAAGAGUGUCUGUGACGUUUCCCACGAGCUCAGAAUCCACUGCUGACACCAGAGGUCCCGUGUUUAUUCUGAAAGGAACUCUGCCCUGUGGGGAGGGACCCGAGAGGGGAGGGAAUUGUGUGUGCGGGUGGGGGGGUGGGGAGGGGGGUUAAGGGGUUCCUUUUGGCCGCUGAGGAUGCAGGCAGGCCUGGGUGAGGCUGGCAGCUGUGGCUGGCCAGCACCCCACCCAGAGCUGGACCUGCAGCUCCCCCCCUCCUCAGGGUCCCUGAUGGCAGCUCCCCACCUCCCUCUGAUUGUCCCCAAGACUGACCCUUGCCCUCCACCUGAGAAGCCUCCCAAGGGUGGGGCUCCCUCCAGGUACAGGUGACACAUCCCUUUACAGGCGGAUGCUCAGAGGGAACAGGCACAGCUCUGGUCCCUAAAGGGAGGGCCGGGCCCGCACGCACCCCCCUGCUGGACAUGGCACCCCUGAUUGGGCCUGGCUUGAGUCGGGGGCACUUUUGGGAAAACAGCAGGUCUGAAUGCACUUUUACAGGCUCCUCCCAGCUGGGAGCCUUCCAGGGGAGGGGCACCCAUGAUGGGGUUCCCCUCCUUUGUCAGAAAGCAGCUGGGGCAGCUGGUCCCCUUCCCACGGACCUUGUUAGCUCCCCCGCAACGGGACAUGGACAAGGACAAUUUGGGGAGGACUUGAGAAGGAGAUGGUUGAUCCUUUUGCUUUCCCAACCCCAUCACCAAUGUCUGUGCCAUUUUGUAUUUUACUAAUAAAAUGGGAAAGUCUUGUGGAUCAAA